AUGUGGCUCGCUGCUUUCAAACUUGAUUUUACUUUUCUGGAUGUACUGGUGCUGCACGAUGUAUACCGAAAUUCUGCCAUGUACUGCGGAGAUGAUGUGGAAGCCAUUGUAGGCGACGUAGGUUCGGCGCUAAGCAAGUUUGGUAUGGCGGGGGAAGACACACCGCAGCGAGUUUUCCCUAGCGUGGUGGGUCUAUAUCCGCCAGCUCACUCUUCAAAAGAUGCCGUUCUUGAGGACCUUUGGCACCGACACGACUUGGAGGUUGUGCGCCCCAUUGAGGCCUGUGCGGUGGCCAACUGGGACGCACUAGAAAAGAUUUGGGCUUACGCGUUCAGCCGCUUAUGUGUGAAUCCCAAAAGCCACCCAGUCAUCACGUCUUCAGCCUCGUGCUUUGCCAAUGAUGCGCUGGCUAACGCGGCGUCGCGGGACCGCGAGAAGUAUCUAGAGAUGAUGUUCGAGACCUUCCAGGUGCCAGCUUUUUAUAUUGCCAAAGAUGCGAUGCUAGAUGCUUUCGCAUUUGGAAAAUCGAUGGCUUUGAUAGCAGAAAUUGGCGCUGGAGCUUCUCGUGUUGUGCCAGUAUACGAUGGAUAUGCUUUACAGACAUCGGCGCAAUACUCGUCAGUGGGGUGCAAUCAGUUGUCUGAGUAUUUAGAGCACUUGGUGGUGACGCAGAAACUACAACCAUUCACAAUAAGGCCAAAAGGGACUUUUGAAAGAAAGCUAAAUUUGCAGACGGGACUUUUGGGAACUAUUUCGCUGCCCGAGGAGCUCACGACACGACCAGUCAUACCUCUUAGUUAUAUUGAGUUUACAAAAGCAGACCUGUUCAAAAAUAUGCGAGAGGCUACGUGUGUCAUGUCUGAGGCGCCCUUUUGGCAAGGUAACCUGAACUCGCCCAAGCAAGUGUCGCCGCCAGAAAAUUUAGAGUUUUUUUUUGAAUUGCCUGAUGGGCAGACGAUUGUUCUGGGAAAAGAACGGUAUCAAGUUCCAGAAUUUUUGUUAUACCCGAAAAGCUUUGGUGGUGCUGUGGUCAAGAAUGAAGAGCACGCUGCAGCGACGGCGCAAGUCUUCAAAAAGGGACUGCACAAUAUGCUGCACGAUGCCGUACAGCUCUGUGAUGCCGACUUGCGAAGAGACAUGCUGAGCAAUAUUAUUUUGUGUGGAGGAGGUAGUCUCACUCCUGGUAUUACAGAGCGUCUAAAUGCAGAAAUCACACGCAUGGUGCCUAGCACCUUUAAAGUUCGCUUUACGACGGUCACGAAAAUUGAACGACAAUUCAGCGUCUUUAUCGGUGGAUCCAUUUUGGCAUCUUUAGGUUCCUUUCAGCAAUUGUGGGUAGCCAAGCAAGAGUAUAGUGAAAUUGGUGCUCAUGCUGUUUGUGCCGAUCGAUAUAACUGA